UGUGUGUGUGUGUGUGUGUGUACCGAUGAAAAAGCUAACAAAGUGUCACCAGUCACCAGUAAAGCAUCACUGAUCUGUUGGCAUGUGGCACUGAUGCUUGGUCCUAAAUAUAAAUCUCACAGAAUGGGAACCACACAUUACUUGGUUCUUUUAAAACUAUUGUUCUGCCUCCUCACUGCUGUGGCUUCAGUUGGCAUUACAUCAUCACAGGAGGACAGUGUCAUUCCAGUGAUAACAUCACAAAGACCUCAAAUAUACACAAGGAUUAAUUCACAGCAAAAGUCCAGUAAGGAGUAUCCAGCUGUUCUUCACCCAUCUGAAGACCUUGGUGACCCAGACCAAUCAGAGAUGAUCAAUGCAGAUAUUAUAGAGACAACUGUUCAUCUUAUGGCUUUAGAAUUAGAACACAUUAUUCAGAACUAUACUGAGAUGAUGAUGGAACAAUUCAAUGAGGCUGUGUGGACCAAUAAUUGGGCUCAUCUUAGUACUGCAAGACAUAAGCGUGAAACUACUGACUUUACAAGCAAGACGCAAAGGGAUUCACUUUUUAUAGAAAAUGUGACAUUAUCCUCUGCAUCUACCACCAGUGGUGCAGUCACCUUGACCCCUGCACUCCAGGAAUCUCCUUCAGAGUUGAGUAUUUUUCAUAAGAUGUACCUCUGUGAUCAUCCUCCAAAAACCUUUUCUCCUAAAUUCCAAGGUUUCUUGAGGGAAAGUUGCUUGCAGUACAAGAGCAUGUGGCCAACAUCUUUCAGAAACACUAGGAAGCUUUGUGAUGUGGUGUAUGCUUUGACUGAGGCCAAAGCACUGAAUUAUGGCUAUUACCAAUCACACAUUGGGCUAUUACAGGUGAUAACAGAUGAAGUUUAUGUAAGCUUGUGUCUGCCACUUUUUCGAAGCUUUAAUAAUUGUGAGGAGAGAGAUUUUCUAACCAUAUGCUGGGAAGACCGUGUAGUAUUUUUCCACUCCAGUAUUUGUCCUCAUUCUUCCAAUGAUAUCUUCCUCACUAGUUUCCUGCUCCAUAAUGACACUGUGUGCUUCCAAGAAUUUUGUGAGGGAUGGCAGAAAGUGGUGGACAGUAAGAUUGGGAGUCUGCAGUAUCGUCUCACUAAUGUACUGCCCGCAUCAGGUGUUCCAUCUUGUGGUUACAUGGCCAGAAGUCUCACACACAUUAGGCAGAAGUACAAUGGAACACUUUACCUGUUUUUGAACACUCACUGGCCCUGCUGCUAUCCAUACUACACCGUGAUAUGGGCUGGCCUGCCUGAGGCUUACGGACUCAAUGGUGCUUGGAGCUACAUGCCAACAGCAUGCCAGGCAGGAGAGGUGUUACUGGUGGUGGUGGUGGGUUGUGUGAUGGUGGGAAGCAUUGCAGGCAACUUGCUGGUGCUGGUUGUCAUGCUCAGAGGAGGACACCGUAGACAAGAAUCCAGUAUGCUCAGGACUUCCUUAGCCUUUUCAGACAUGCUCACUGCAGCCUUUGUGAUAGUGCCAUCAUUUGUAAACCAUCUGUGGCCUUUUCUCUUUCCACCCACCUAUUUCAAGUUGGAACCCUACUUGAAGCUUGCAUAUGAUCUUAAUGAACUUGAAAAUACCUGGAUAGAGCAUACCUCACACAGCUUCCGCACACCAACUGCAUUCACAAUAUUCCAGUCUGUUCUAUUUCAUAUCACUUCAACAGCAUCACUGCUCAUGUUACUGGUGCUCAGUGCAGAGAGGUUUGUCAUCACUAGCCGGUAUCUAAAGUACAAGGAUUAUUUUAACUAUGGCCGUACUGUGCUGGCUAUUACGUUCUCUUGGAUUACCAGCUUUGCUAAUGCCCUCUGGUUUGCAGCUCAUAAUGAUGGUAAACUCUCAGCUCAGUGGCUUACCUUUGAAAAACUACCAACAGGUGCAUCAUGGUAUGGCCAAGGAGGAGUCCGACACAUUAUCUACCAUUGGCAGAUUGUGAUUUUCUUUACACUGGGAAUUUCUGUUGUUACCUUGUCAACAUUGUCCAUAAGAAACUUUAUGAAGGAGCAGCUGCAUGUGGCCAAAGAGUGGAGGACUCUCAAGAUGAAAGCCUCCAAACAGUAUAGUAAAGACAACCGCUAUGUGCUGACAACCAUGAUACUGAUGGUUGUCCUCUUUCUUACCUCCACUAUUCCUUUGAUAACCAAUAUAGUUCUCAAUUCCAUUUUGUACCGAUUCUAUCACCACCACCUAUUUUCUUACUUUGCAUGGUGGCUGUUCAUGGCAAGCUCAGCAUGGAAUCCAUGGAUCUACAAUUUUCGGAGUCGCCAGUUCAAAGAAGACCUGAUCAAUUUUCAUAAGAAUAUAACCUGCAAAUGUGAUGGUGACAGCUGCUUAUCCAAAGGAAUCACACUAACAGCCACAAGCUUCCCUUCUGCAAGUGUAUCACUGCCUGCCGAGUCCAAGACUGAAUGAGACUCAGGGCCUGCCUUCAUGAAUCAUUGUCUUGUAUUUACACCAUAAAACUUUCUUAGUGAUAUAUAUAAUCAAUGUGCAAAAUCACAAAUAUAAAACCUUCAAGUACUCUAAUAAUCAGGCACUUCAGGUCUGAAAAUCUAUAUUUCACACUGCAAAGCAAGAGUAUUUUCCAAGGAGUAAGAUUUCAAAUAUUGAAAAUGAGGUUUAAUUUUUCCCAAGCACAUUUGUACAUCAUCUAGUCCAAGGCCUUUCUCCUUCCUAUAAAUGUCAUGAUGGCAAAUGAUCCUACUGCAAUAAAUUUAAAAUACAUAACAAAAAGCUAGUUUCAAUUUCAAAACAACCAAACCAACUUAAUUAGGUUUCAAUAAUAUAACAUAAA